AUGACUGCAUGCGAUUGGCACAGUAUUACUAGUACGUUAGAAGAUUGUAUUUUGUUCUGUCAGUCAGUGGGAUUAAUACCGUAUUGUCCAAGUCAGCCGUGUUCGAAUGGCCAUCAUAACUGGUACAUGGAUGGUUGGGACAAUUUGUUAGCAAUUAUUCCAGGCGGUUCAUCUGUACCUAAACUGUUACCGAAACAACACGGUCGUAAACGACCGUAUACGGCAAUAUACGGCGAUAUACAACAGCCGUAUACGGCGGUUGUAUUACGACGAAAUACGGCCGUAUACGGUGAAUUUCCUGUGUUCCUUGGAAUUCCAUCGCAAAAUGUAUUCUUAUAA